AUGGCUCCAAAGAAGAGGCCAGCAUCCCAAGCGGCCAAAGCUGGGAAGAAGAGAAAAGAUGUGGAUCAAGGAGCCAGCGGGCUCGCUUAUAUGACCAGUUAUGAGAGCGCGGUGCUCGCGGAAUACGUUUGGCUCGACGCGAAGCAAGUCCCAAGGUCAAAGACCAUGACCAUGACCACCUUGCCCAAAUCCAUCGAAGGUUUGCGGGUUUGGAACUAUGACGGGAGCAGCACUGAGCAGGCGGAUGGCCAUAACUCUGAAAUCUAUUUGUAUCCCAAAGCAAUCUUCAAGGACCCGUUUCGUGGGCGUCCACAUAUUCUUGUGCUUGCUGAAGCCUACAAUGCCUGGGAUGGGCAGCCGGCCAUUGGCAACACGCGAGCAGAGUGCAAGAAGAUCAUGGAUCAGUACAAAGAUUUGGAUCCAUGGUUUGGCAUUGAGCAGGAAUACACCCUCAUGAGGCCCGGACGGAUUGGUGAGGAGCCAAAGGUUCCACUUGGCUUCAACGCCGAUGGAACAGAGCCAGCACCACAAGGACCCUACUACACCGGAGCAGGCUUCAACACUGCAAUUGGGCGGCCUGUUGCAGAUGAGCACUACAAGAAGUGCUUGGAGGCUGGUGUGAAGAUCGCGGGCAUCAAUGCGGAGGUAAUGCCAGGUCAAUGGGAGUUCCAAGUCGGGCCUUGUCGUGGAGUUGAGAUGGGCGAUCACCUCACCAUUGCGCGCUACAUCAUGCUGCGCAUCACGGAAUCGCACAACUGCAUUUGCUCUUUUUCACCCAAACCCAUGGAUGGAGAUUGGAAUGGAGCCGGCUGCCACACCAAUUUCUCUGUAAGUCCGAUGCGGAAGGACGGUGGCUAUGAUAUCAUCAACAAGGUGUGUGAGGCGUUCGGCAAGGUGGCUGCGGAACACAUCGCUGAGUAUGGCGAGGGAAACGAGAAGCGCCUCACAGGCAAACAUGAGACCUGCGCCAUCACCGACUUCAAGUACGGCGUGGCCAACCGAGGAGCUUCCAUCCGCAUUCCUCGUGAAACUGAGAAGGAUGGUAAAGGGUACAUGGAAGAUCGUCGUCCAGCUGCCAACUGCGAUCCCUACAAGGCAACAUUGCUUUUUAUGAUGCUGGGCAAUCUUGGCAUUGCCUUCAGCGAUGUCGUGGUGGAUGGGUUGGUGGUGGAGAAAGCCAGAGACAAUCCCCAGUUGAUGGGUGGCCUACAGUCCUUCAGCUGGGCGUGCAGAGGUUGUGGUGCCAUCCUCUCAGCGUACUUCAGUGGAGCACUGUUAGAAACUAUUGGAGUGCAGAACGUUUUUGCGCUCACAGCGACCCUUCCCUUUUUUGUGAUCAUCGCAUCAGUUUUGAUCAAAGAAUCCAAACAGGAGGUGCCGAAUUAUUCCUGGGAUGAGGCCAAGCAAACCAUGGAGCAAGUCUGGGAGGUGGUCAGCUCACCCGCUGUCUUCCCAUCUGUGCUCUUCAUCCUCAUUUGGCAGGCCACGCCAACUGCCGGAUCUGCGAUGUUCUACUUCUACACGAAUGAAUUGCACUUCGCCCCAGAGUUCCUGGGACGAUCUCAGUUGGUGGGAUCAUUGGCUAGUUUGGCUGGCAUUGUUCUCUACAACCGCGUGUUCUCCUCGGUGCCUGUGAAAGACUACCUUUUCCGUUCUUGGGUUGAAGGAAUGGGCAGGAGAUGA